CCAGUCCAACGCUCCUCGUUUCACCCGACACAUUUUCAGUCAGCGCUUUUGAGCGCGCUCUCAUGCCGGCGCUGCCGUCGUCCACCUCUGAGGGAGAUGGCAUGCUGGACGUGCAGAUCACGGGCGCCGAGGAGCAGUUCACCUUGUCCCUGCACGACGGUCUUCGGGGCAAGGAGCUUCUGACCAUGGUGCGUGAUCGUCUUCCAGUGAAGCCUCGCUGCACUGUCCAGCUCUGGACUGCCGAGGAUCGCCAGGUGAUCUUGAAUCAGACGUUGAAGGAGCAGGGGCUUGGCACUUCCCCGAGUCUUCAGCUCUCCUACUCCUAUGCUUCUUCGGAUUUGUGGCACGCCUUUAAGAUCCUCGAGGGUGAGGUGGUCCGCGAGGUCGACCACCACGCCUUGGACGGCGUCGUCCACGUGCAGUACGCCAAGCACCUGAUCAAGCACGUGACCUUGCCGCCCACGUUAGAAUCCCUUAAAUUUGGGGAUGUCUUUUACCAUGGCGUGGACCGCUUGGCCCUGCCCAGCAAGCUGGUGUCCCUGGCGUUUGGCCGGGACUUCGACCAAGCCCUGGACGGCAUGGUGUUCCCCGAGAGUCUGCGACACCUGACCUUUGGUCGGGAGUUCAACCAAAGCCUGGAAGAGGUGGAUCUUCCAAAGAUGCUCGAGAGCUUGGUAUUUGGAGACAACUUCAAUCAGAGCUUGGACAAUGUGUCCCUUCCGAGCAGCUUGCAAUACUUGACCUUCGGGCUGGAGUUUGACCAGCCACUACAGGAGUCCAAGCUGCCAGGGAGUCUCGUAUCUCUGAUCUUUGGGAACAACUUUAACCAGACUUUGAAUGCGGCGAGGCUCCCGGAAGGGCUGAGGAGGCUGAAGUUCGGGUAUCACUUCAACCAGAAGAUCAUGCCCAGAUCUGGUGGCUGCAUGAGCUUCGGGAAGGCGGUGCCUUUCCUGAGCAACCUGGAAGAAUUGACGUUUGGACGGUCCUACACAGAGGAUUUGAGUCGAAUGACCUUUGCUAGCACCUUGCGAAGCCUGAAGUUUGGAGAUGGCUUCAAUCAGAAUCUGCUGAAGCUGCAGCUUCCAAGCUCUCUCGAGUCUCUUUCCCUUGGGGAAGGCUACAAGCAGGAGUGGAGCAAGGCCGCUUGGCCGUCGGGCUUGCGGAACUUGACGGUGGAACAGAACUUUGUGACCAAGGGCGGCGUGAAGGUCACCUUUCCCGAAGGCUUGGAGAGCCUGUCCUUCGGUGGAGCCUUUAAUCAGAGCUUCGAGAACGUGAAGCUACCGGAGAAGCUCAUCAGCCUGAGCUUCGGCCGUGAUUUCAACAAACCGCUGCAGAGUUUGAGCGCCCUCCCGAGCCUCCAACGCUUGGUCUUCGGCCGCGACUUCAACCAGAAGCUGGACGUGAGCUUACCUCCGACCCUGAAGACCUUGAAGUUUGGCCUGAAGUUCAACCAAUCCCUCGAGGGCAUCGUCUUGCCCCAGACCUUGGAGACCUUGAGUUUUGGUGCCUACUUCAAUCAGCCCUUUGACCUGGAGCUCCCUCCCAACUUGAAGACCUUGGUCUUUGGCGAGCACUUCGAUCAGCUGAUGGACGGGGUCAAACUACCCGACAGCAUCGAGUUCCUGACCUUCGGCGAGAACUUCAACCAAGUGUUGGACAAUCUGACCUUGCCCAAGAAUCUGCAGGAGUUGACCUUUGGCGUUUACUUCCAGCAGAGCUUGGACAAAGUGAACCUCCCGGCCUCGUUGCGGAAGCUGUGCUUCGGCCACGGCUUCAACCGAUCCUUGGAGCACACGGCGUUGCCCUCGGGCCUCGAGGAGAUGUGCUUUGGGGUGAACUUCAACCGGAACCUGGAGGGCACGAAGCUUCCGGCGAAUUUGCAGCGCUUGAGCUUUGGGCGUGACUUUAAUCAGAAGCUCGACAGAGUGGAGCUGCCAGCGAACCUGGAGAGCUUAAAGAUGGGCUUUAGCUUCAACCGAGAGCUGGACAAAGUGAAGUUCCCUCCUGGACUGCAGAGCCUCACGUUGGGGGAAUCCUUUGCCCAAAGCUUGGAGAAGGUCUCUUUCCCUCGGAGCCUGCGUUGCUUGACGCUGUUGGGCCUCAUGUGGCCCAACCUGGAUUCCAACGAUCUUCCGGACUUGGAGCAACUCCACUGUCGUGGCAUCACCUUGGGCUUCCACCCGCUCUGAGCGCGAGCGACGGUGACAACUCCGUCAGCGUGCGGCUGCUGCAAGCUGCUGCGAGCAAGCUGCUUUCUGCAGAGGAGCUUCAAGCUGGCCGUUUUCCGGCUGUUUCUCGCCGGGGCCGGGGUCCUUCCUGAAGGGAAGACUCCCCCGCCCAGCAUGUUCUCUCCCUUUUCAGCGUCUCGUCACCCGUUCGAGACACUGUUUCGGGGGUGAGAUAAUGAAGGGCUGUGGAAUGUCGACUCCGAGUCAGUCCAUUGUGUGAAGC